GAGCAUACUGACGAUGCAGCCCUGAAUCAGCAUUACAAAUCUGAGAGUACAACAGAGAUCAAGGAGUCCUCCCAGCAGAAUGGCCUCCAACUUCUCACUCCUGCAACAUCUGAUGAUCAAUUCCUCCUCUGAAGGUGGCAAAACAACCGUGGAUAUCGAUGCCAUUAUAAACAACAUCACCAUAGUGCUCUACAUCAUCACUGUCGUCCUGGGAACCAUUGGCAACACCGUGGUAAUCUGGGUGGCCGGCGUGCGAUUCCGGGCCAAAGUCACUAACGUCUGGCUGGUGAACCUGGCCAUUGCCGACCUCGUCUUCUGCUUCACCCGCGCCAUCUCUCUGGCGCAGAAGCACUUGGGCAACUGGCCGUUCGGCGUCUUCCUCUGCAAGUUCAACGGCUUCUUCAAGUACACCAACAUGUUCUGCAGCGUCUUCCUGCUGGCGGUCAUCAGUUUGGACCGGGCGCUGUGUGUGUGGCGGCCAGUCUUCACCAAGCAGCGCCGCACCGUCUGUGCUGCACGGCUGGUCAGCGUGGUGGUGUGGGCGGUGGCCACAGUCAUGAGCGCACCGUACUUCUUCUACUGGAAGGUCUACCCAGGCAAAAGCAACCUCAAGUGUGGCUUAAAGGGAGAGGGUGGGGACGCGGCCAAGAUGCCCCUCUUCAUCAUCCGCUUCCUGUGUGGUUUCCUGCUGCCGUUCCUGGUCAUCCUGGGCUGCUCCGUGCUGGCGGCGGCAGGGAUCCGGCGCACGCGGCUCAAGGGGAAGUCCCGACCGCUGCGCAUGCUCAUCGCCCUGGUCUGCGCCUUCUUCCUGUGCUGGGCGCCCUACCACUGCCUUCGGCUGGCCUGGGUGAUCGACAGCGAGAACCAGGCCGUGAAGGUGGGCCUGACUCUGGCCAAGGGUCUAGCCUACUUCAACAGCUGUGUCAACCCAGUGCUGUACUUCUGCAUGGGCCUGAAACACGGCUGGGUGCGGCGCUCAGGAAAUGUUGAAGAAUGCCACGUCGCACUACGCGAUAGUAAAGGAACCAGACCUACCUGUGGUUAGCUCAUCCAGUCAAUUGGACAUUGUUGAACUGAAAGCAUACGUUUAAGGAAUGGAAACAAAAGUCCAUGGCCAUUGGUAGCACAAUGCUUAAGGCACUAACAUGUAGAAGCCUGAAAAGUUGUGGGUUCAAUUGCCGGCUUCCACUGUUGUGCCCUAAAGUAAGGCACUUGAGCCCGAGUUGCACCGGAGACAAUCACCAUUGUAAUAUAAUACCUAUGUAAGUUGCUUUGGAUAGAAGUGUCUACUAAAUGAUUAAAUGUAAUGUUUAUUCUG